AUGACAACGCAGGGUAGCACAGCGCUGCCAGUUUUCAACGACGCGUUUCGGCCAUGCGCGACAAGUUCGGGCGCGCUCAUUGAUUCGAUUUGUUCACUUGGAAAACGCAGGCAAUGGCAGCAGGCGGUGUCGCUUCUCCGCGAAAAUCUUGAAACGAAGGUGGCGGGCGUCGUCCUGUACAACGCUGGGAUCAGCGCUUGCGGCAAAGGCAAGCAGUGGCAGCUGGCCCUGCUGCUGCUGAAGGAGAUGCGGGGUACGAAGCUGAGGCCCAGCUCCUACUUCAGUUACAGUGCCGGUAUCAGCGCGUGUGAGAAAGGCAAGCAGUGGCAGCGGGCCUUCUUGCUGCUCAGCGAGAUGAGGGAGACGAAGCUGGAGCCCGACGUCAUCAUCAUCUACAGCGCUAGUAUCAGCGCGUGCGAAAAAGACGGGCAAUGGCAGCAGGCCUUGUCGCUGCUCAGCGAGAUGGGGGACAUGACAUUGAAGCCCAAUGUCAUCAGCUGCAGUGCUGUGAUCAGCGCGUGUGAGAAAGAUGGGCAGUGGCAGCAUGCCCUGUUGCUGCUCAGGGAGAUGUGGGAGGCGAGACUGGAGCCCAACGUCAUCAGCUACAGUGCUGCGAUCAGCGCAUGUGGAAUAGGCUGCCAAUGGCACCAAGCCUUAGCGCUGCUCAGUGAGAUGUGGGAGGCGAAAUUGGAGCUCGACGUGAUUUUCACCUACAGUAGCGGGAUUAGCGCGUGCGAGAAAAGCGGGCAGUGGCAGCGGGCUUUGUCGCUGCUCCGUGAGAUGCGGGAGGUGACGUUGGAUCCUGAUGUCGUCAACUAUAGUGGUGGGAUUAGCGCAUGCGAGAAAGGCGAGCAAUGGCAGCGGGCUCUGGCGCUAAUCAGUGAGAUGCGGGAGACGAAGUUGGAUCCCAACGUCAUUCUACAACGCUGGGAUCAGCGCGUGCGAGAAAGCCAAGCAGUGGCAGCAGGCUUUAUCACUGCUCAGUGA